UCAAUUGGCGUUCUUGUGUGCGUGCUCCUGCGCAUGACGUGCUAGCGCAAAGCGCGGCCUUCAGCUGUAUGCUCGUGCUCAGCAUAACAACAAGACUCGUGGAUUUCUUAUUUCACAGACGCUCGCGAUCAAAAAACCCUCCGAACGUUAAUCACACCGCCGGUCUGGAGGAUGGCGGAGACGGUAAAGUACGUGGACGAGGACCAUAAGAGUGUGUUCCUGAAGCUGCUCAACGAGCAGCGGCUGGAGGGGGAGCACUGCGACAUCGCCGUGGUGGUGGAGGACGUCAAGUUCCGCGCGCAUCGCUGCGUCCUCGCCGCCUGCUCCAACUACUUCAAGAAACUCUUCAAGAAACACGAGGUGGACAACUCGUCGGUGAUCGAGAUCGACUUCAUCCGCUCGGACAUCUUCGAGGAGGUGCUGAACUACAUGUACACCUCCAAGAUCUCCAUCAAGAAGAGGGACGUCAACCUCAUGAUGUCCUCCGGGCAGAUUCUCGGGAUCCGCUUCCUCGACAAGCUCUGCUCCCAGAAACGAGAUGUGACGUCGGAGGAGAAAGAUAAGUUCCCGUAUGACAUCGUUAAGAUGGCCCUCCCGCCUGAAGCUCAGCUACCUCCCGAUGCAGAGGUUCUUGGGGAUGAACCAUCUGCCACCGAUGACCUGGACUCCUCAGCCAAUCAGGAGCUAGAGAAAUCGCCCAACUCUGCCCUCCGUGUCCAAGAGGCUCUUAUUCUGAAAGAGCUCGCCACAGAGGAUGUACACAAGGUUUCUUGUUAUGACCAGGAUGGGUCGGAGAUGGAGACGGAGCCUAAAGAGUUAGGGGCGGGGCAUCACACCACCCAGACGCUGUCAUUCGCCGACAGCAUAGGGGAGGUGAAGGAUGGGCAGGCUCCCGGUUGGUCGACGGCCACGACGGACAUGAAGUUUGAAUAUCUACUGUACGGACACCGAGAGCAGCUCGCCUGCCAUGUGUGUGGGAAGACCUUCCUGGACGAGAACCGGCUCAGGAAACAUGAAAAGCUCCACUCAGCCGAUAGGCCGUUCGUCUGCGAGAUCUGCAGCAAAGCCUUCACCACCCACGCCCACCUGAAAGAACAUCUAAAGAUCCACACUGGGUUCAAACCGUACCGCUGUGACGUCUGCGGGAAGUCCUUCAUCAGAGCGCCGGACCUGAAGAAACACGAGCGCGUCCAUAGCAACGAGAGGCCCUUCGCCUGUCAGAUGUGUGACAAGGCCUUUAAACACAAGUCCCACCUGAAGGACCACGAGAGGCGACACCGUGGAGAGAAGCCCUUCGUCUGCUCCUCCUGCACCAAGGCCUUCGCUAAGGCGUCGGACCUGAAGCGCCAUGAGAACAACAUGCACAGUGAGAGGAAGCAGCUGUCGUCGUCGGGGGGGCUGCAGACGGAGACGGAGACCCUGCAGGCCGCUGCCAUGGCGGCCGAGGCCGAGCACCAGCUAGACAACAUCGCCUGUUCCUAGCAGAGCACCCCCAGACCUGAGACCCCCAGAGCCACACCCCUAGACCAUACCACCUCAAGACCCCCAGAACCACACCCCUAGACCAUACCACCCCCCAGACCUGAGACCCCCAGAGCCACACCCCUAGACCAUACCACCUCAAGACCCCCAGAACCACACCCCUAGACCAUACCACCUCAAGACCCCCAGAACCACACCCCUAGACCAUACCACCUCAAGACCCCCAGAACCACACCCCUAGACCAUACCACCCCCCAGACCUGAGACCCCCAGAGCCACACCCCUAGACCAUACCACCUCAAGACCCGCAGAACCACACCCCUAGACCAUACCACCUCAAGACCCCCCAGAACCACACCCCUAGACCAUACCACCCCCCCAGAACCAGACGCACAGAACCAACCCCCCAGACCCAUAGAACCACACCAGACCCCCAGAACCACACCACCCCCAAGACCCCAAGAACCACGCACCCCCCCAGAGACACAGAACCACACCCCCAGACCAGACCACCAGAUCCACCCCCCAGUCAGGAUCCCCGAGACCAGACCUCCAGAACCAGGAGACCACCCCACCCACCGGACCGGACCACCAGAACCAGGACCCUAGCACACUGACUGAAGUGAUGAUUGUGCUGUUGCUAGGCUACCGGUAGAAACCUUUAAACCGCUGUGUCACCGCACCCGUUGCCCCGGAGCCGAGGGUGACCGGGCCGUUGUCACGGUGACCGGCGGGGAAGACCUGUAUGAUCGACAUCCUCUCAUCUCCAUGGUAACCCCAGGCGUCUCCGCAGUAACAGGACCCCCAGGCGUCUCCAUGGAAACAAUGACCUCUGAAGUUAAAAAUUAAUUUAGAACUUUUCCGGAGGGGGAGACUGACCUGUGUUGGACCUCCGCGUGACCUCCGCGUGACCUCGGUGGGACGGCUCAUGAAGAUCUAUUUUGUAGUUUCUCUGGACAUUCAAUCAUUUUUAUGUACUAUGAAUCUUCACAUUAUAAACGAUUUUUAACAUUGA